CAGUGGACAUGGAACGAGUCGACGUCGCUGUGAAACGUCGACGGUUCCGAAUCGCUUUUCAUCAGCCGCGCAGGUUGAUUUUACCGUUACCGUUAUCUUAUCUGCGUCAACGCGCGAACUCUUGUGCGACAGAUAGUGUCUUCUAGGCGGUUAUCGAAAGGGUAACAAAAAAUUGAUUUCUCAUUAGCGACUAAACACCUUCGGGCGAAAAUUGGUCAGCCUCAGGCAAGGUUGCGUGUUGAGUCAGUCUUUAACGAACCUGGCUGGCAGCUGGGGGAAGUGAUUUUUGAAGUGUUGAGGAAGCCCUUUAGUUGUUUCUGGGAGUGCGGUGGGGAACCGGUGGUGGGGUUCAAAAUCAAUAUUUUAACGUUCUUUCUGUGCUUUCUUCUGAGGUUAUGCCCGACUAUGGCCACGUCCUAAGUGCAUAAUCUGUGCUGUCAUAACACCGUAAUACCUCGAGAGCGAGGACCUAGGGCCGAGGGGGAAAAGAGAGCUUGUGGAAAAACGAUUGACUCAUUAGCAUAAAACAAUAGCGAAAGAGUGAAAAUAACCACAAUAACGAAGUUCACACAACCAAAGUAUGGUGGAGAGUGGAUUAAGCGCAUAAUUGAGAGUAACUACCCUGCAACAAGAGAGUGCUUAACAGUUUUACCAUUUGAAGAGUAGACUACAAAAUCAGUGUGCUGUGAGUGACUAACCAAAUAAAAAUCCGUACUCGGCCUUGUGCAUGAUGGCGGAGUCUGCUGGUACUACUAACGCAUCCCCAACAGCGACCCCUGCUGCCGGGGAACCGAUUCCCCAGUGGAAGAAGGAACUGCUCCAGCGCCGGAAGAAUCUGGCCAAAACGAUUGGAACGGCUGCCACGCAGAUACACGACAGUGCUUCCACGGUUGCAGCGGCCCUCACCACCACUCCAACUACGCCGCGGGCCGGCGGAACGGCGAGCGGCAGCCCCUUCGGAAGCGGUGGCCACAAAGAUCCAUCGGUAGUGGCAGCACCGUCCACCGUGGCAGAAACUAGUUGUCCAACCAUCACCACCAGUGUACCAUCAACAGCGCCCGCAACUAGUCCUACCCCUAGCAGUAGUAGUAGUAAUAGUGGUAAUAGUAAUAAUAACAAUAAUAAUGGUGAUUCACCUGCUUCGCCCACCGCAGCUACCACUCCAACGUCGUCCCUCUUUGGGGCCCCGGUAUUCGUAGGUCAUUCGCCAGUGAAUGAACAUCCAGCAACUUCACCGUCGCAAGUGUUGGUAAAGUCUACGCUGGUAGGUGGAAGCACCAAUACCAGCCCGAGCAGUGUGGCCACUCGAGCAGCCGAAGUGCCGUUGCACGUUACUCCUCAGCAGCAGUCACAUUCCAAUGACGGUCCGGAGAGCACCAGCUGCCCCAGUAGUACUAGCCGAUCGUUAAGUCAUCUUCAUAGCAGUAAUAACAGCGUUGGUGCGUCGAGUGGUGGUCCAGUGGGAAAGUAUGCCGCCACCUCCGGUGGUAAUGGUAUUAGUGCUAGUAGUGCCAGUGUUGAUUGUGAGCUAACGCGACCAGCUUCUUCAGGUGAAACCAGCAACAGUUAUAGUAGCUCCGGUGAGAUUGGUUGGAAAUCGAAAAAAAACACUUCAAGUGCUUCGAGCAGCAGCAGCAGCCCCAAAAUGGUUGCAGCGAGUGCUGAAGAGAUUUGUUACGAGAAGAAUCCAAGAUUUGGGGGGCCCGGAGACGAGGGGACCACUGUUGACGUGGACUCGUCCGAAGAACUAAAGUAUGGUCCGGGAAUAGUGUCAAAGUUACGUUGUCGUUAUUUGAGCCUUGCAUUGAGGCAAUCCGCGAAUAAGCAGAGGCCUUCGUUGAAUAACAUGCGUAGGGCCACCAGUUUGAACAAUCUGUUGGACGAAGAGGGUGAAGAUCUUAGUGAACGGGAGCAAUCAAUCGAGUCCAAGGAUCAUCACCAUCACCAUCAGUCGUCGCAGGAUAAAGGCUAUUUGCAGCAGAGCCAGAAUGGGAAAUUUGGCCAAAUUACGAACCAGAUGAACAUGGCAACACCGAAAGCAAAAACUCCAGACGAGUACAUCUCGACGUUCCAGAAGAGCGUGCAGAACAGUUAUACGCGAAGUGGCCGACAGACGGAGAAGAAGAACGAGUACAAUCGGUACAAUAAGCAGCGUGGUGCUGAUUCGCUAAAACGGGCCCGAUCAGUUGAGGCGCUGGUGCGCUACGAUCAUAAAGCCUGGGAGCGCGAUAUACAGAAGGAAAAUCUCUACAGUAGCAACGAUAGCAAUGUGAUCAUUCUGGAUGAGAUUAGCUGUACCAACGGGACGACCAACGGCAACGCCAACAACUGUCAAUCGGUGGCGAUGAACAAGGCUGAACUGAUAACGGAUUGUGUCACGAUCGAGGAAAAGAUCAUCAACGGUCGGGAGAAAGGUGAUCCCAAACCCAAACGGCUGACCUCGUUCAUCGAUGCGGACGAACGUCCUCCGCCGGAUGUCGUUCGGCAGACGAUGAAAAUUUUCGAAGCCAACGCCAAUCGUAGAGGACGACCCGUUGCCAGAACUAACGGUGCUGCCGGUGAAGUUGCUGCCAAAGUAGCUUGCUACAAAUCGAUCAUUUCUCAGGACAAACCGCCAAUCACCCAUCCCAAACCGCCGCUCAGUCCCAAGAAACCAAAUAUCAUACCACGUUCUACUAGUCCCAAAUCGAAUGGAGCUCCGGUCGCCACCAACGGUCUCAAAGAGAAGCCAAUCCUCCCGAAGCUGGACAUUGGCGUGAUCCGCAACAAUCUGGAAACAACCAACAACCUCAAGAACGUUCAAACGCCAACCGCCAAUCAUAAUAAUAGCAACACAUCGACACCGCUAUCUGUGCGCGUAACAGAAUCGCAAUCCUACCGUCUCAAGUAUGAAUCACCCGCCUUAUCGCCAAACAACACUGCCGUCGCUCAACACAAAGUCACUUCUAGUACUACGACGACAACGACGACAAAUCGCCCGGAGAGUCCUCGAGUCGCAGCAGCUGCCGCCUGUAUGCAAAACAACACACCAAACAGUACGGUUCUCACAUUCAUCGACUCACCAUCGAUUCCGACUCUUGUGAGCAAACUCAACAAUCUAAACAUCGCGACCUCUACCCCUACGAGCACCCGUUCUUCCACGCCGCAAGAUUUACCACCGCAAGUCCCCCCCAGGCAGCCCCCGGUGCUUCAGUACGCCACCAGCGAUGAAGAGGACCCGGACGAUCCGGAGGACCAACAGAACGAGUACUCGAUAAAUCACAGCGAUCGCGACAACGAUUCCUCCGACGAUCAAUCGGAUGACCUUCAACCGGCGACGGAAGGCGACGAAGACGACGACUUCAACGACAGCGACGAGUUCGAUUCCCCCGAAGUCAAAAAAGUGUCCCGCACUGCCAUGGACAACAUUUCCAGAGCGGGCGUUACGACGCAGUUCCGCUUCAACGGUCAAUCCCAGCAGAACAAAUCCCACCUGCCGUCGCUCGGCGCCGGUGCCAAGUUGCUCUCCAACAAGAAACUGAACGUGGACGAUCAUCAUUCGAAUUCCUCGUCGACGUCGUCAUCGCCGAUCACAGUGCCAGCUACCGUCGUCGUGGCUCACAAACCGCCUGUGCCACUGUCACGUGAAAGUCUCGCGUCCGCCAAUGGCCUUAAGCCGAACAACACCAACAAUAGCAAUAUCGGUAGUGUCACGCAUAGUUCCAAUAGUGUCCACAGUAGCAACAGCAAUGUCAAUACUAAUAAUAUCAGCAAUGGAAGCAAAGUGGUGAUAAAUGAUUCGGUCGCUUCGGCGCCGCCCAAUGUGAGUGUGUCCCCUGCCGGAAGUGACGUGUCGAAAACGGUGAAUCUAACCGCCCGGGAAAUCGAGAAGAAUCAGAUCAAUUUGGUCAGGAGUGAAGAAAGCCUCAAUAGUGGUGCUGCUGCCGCCGCCUCAGCCCCCAAUAAUAAUAAUAAUAGUGUCGGUAGUGUCGGUGCAGUGCUGGGAAAAACUGGUGACGUCAGCACCAACAGCGGCGGCGGUGACUUCUUCAUGGCCAAGUGGGGCGCUCAGAAGUCGUCGUCGGCGGCCCAGAGCGAAAAUGCCGCUGCUGUCGGAGCAGUGGCCAGUCCGCUGGCAGGGCUGGUGCCAACGAAGAAGAAAGUGAAGGCCCCGCCGCCACCCAUCGAGGCCAACACGAUGGUGUUCAACUUCAGCGACCGGAAGGACGUGCCGGAUUACAUCGAGAACGACGGGAUCAUCCUGCGGCCGCGGCCACGGGAACUGCCUAAGCCCGGCGAGUCCGGUUUCGUGGUGCUGGGCGACCUCACGCUCGAAACCUCGACCGAUCCGGACGAUUCGUGGGCCAUGGGACCCCCGUCGCCGUGCGAUGUCGAGUUUGCCAACGCUAACAUUGUGAUCAACGGUAAAUCCAGUAUGAGAAACAAGACUUCUAGGGAUAGCAAGUUCAAAAUCCAAUUUGACGAUUCAUUAACCUCGACCUUUGAGUACCCGUCGGAGACCUCACUGCUGGAGGCUACCAAUGGGGGAUACGACGACGAUGUGGCGGACGGUUUGAAGGAUGCAGCCGCUAUCCUGGCCAGCAGCAAGAUCAACAUUGCCAGCGCAGGUAUGACCGCAGGGACGACAACGACGACGGCGCCAACAACGGGGAGUGGGGGUGGUGGUGGUGGAGGAGGCGGUGGACUCGCCUUCGGAGACAACGGACUGCUGUCGCACAAGAAUACCCUCCUCUCGUCGAUGCCACUAGUUAUACCCCAGUAAAGGCCGCCAUAGAUACCACCUUCGAACUGGGCGUUACGCGAACGCCGUCCCCGUCGAGCACUGCCAGCAGCACGUGUAGCAGCAACGAACAGCAGCACCACCCGCAGAACCAGCACCUCAACCAUCAUCCGCAUCUAAACCAUCAGCAUUCGAAUGGUCACCUCAACCACCAGCAACAGCAGCAACACCAGAGCGGCCGGCUCAAUGGCGACGCGGCCAACGGUGGGCUCUUGUUGCUAAAUGGCGACGCGGGUGAACCGGAGAGCAUACAAUAUCUGAAACCGGCCUCCGACGAGCAAACGGUCAACUGGAGUCAGGGCACGCGUGUUACGGAUUUGCUGUUCUAGGCGAUUGUUAUGCUGUAAGCAAUUUUCUGUGUAACUUGGUUAUCACUUUAGUUUUUUGUGUAAUUAGUAGUUUUGCUAGAAGAAAAUCCUUUGGAAUGGAUUCUAUACACACCCACACACACACAUACAGAUACAUUUAUAAUAGCCACAUAAACCGUAGAAGCUUAUUGUGAAGAAACCCUUUUUUAUGCUUUCAAUGUUUCAAUGUGUGCGGAGGCAUUCGGAAGAAGAAAACUAUUUUGCCCGAAAAAGAAGAAAUCCAAUUUUUGAAUAGUAUAGUACACUAGGCGUAAGUAAUCAGUAACGAAACAAGAAGAAAAGUGUCCAAUUUUUAAUCGAUCAAACGAAAAAGUGGACUUUCCAAGAAAAAAAGACAAGUUUAUUGCAGUAUUUAAAUUCGAUUUUUAUAGAUUAUAAGAGUACAGAUGUCGAUGUGAAAAUUUGAAUUGAAAGUGAAAUGAAUAUUAAUAUCAUUGUGAUGAGUAUACAUAAAAACAAGAGAACGGAACAUAAAUUCGAUUUAACCUUUAUAAAUAUACCUAUUCUAUAUAUAUGAAGUGAAGCAUAUUAAUUCUAAGCGAAACAAGGUUAUACACAAUAGGCUUACUAUUUUUAGCUUAUUCCCCUAGAGAACGAGACACAGUAGGGCACCGUCGAGAAUUCUAAAUCUAUCGAUGAAACGAAACAGAACAAUUCCACCCCUCUGAGAGUUUAAGGCUUAGGGCGAAUGGCCGAGUCUUGCCGGAACGAAAGCCGUGGUCCGCGGACCGCGAUUCGAAUGGGCAAGCUGCCGGCCGGCAUUCGCCGAAAUGUGAUUGUUGUAACCCACUUUAGGUUGAUCCCAACCUGAAAUCGAACCUUCCAUUCCUAAAGGGUUUCUGACCCUACCCGUUUUGAAUCGUAGAAAUUGUAGGCAGUUCUUUGUGGUGGGGUGCGGUGUAGUUUUAAGGCUGAUAGCUGUCCCGCGCAUACCUGGAACCAUAGUAUUAUCAAACUUCAAUGAACCUAAAAAUUUCCCUCUAAAGGUUUCAUAUCAUGGUCUAAACUUUCUAAAAAUCACUGAUACAAUAUUUUGAAUGAAGAAUUUUCUUAAAGGUUAGACCAUAAACUAAAAUUCUGUGGGAGAAAAUUUUAGGUUCAAUCAAGUUUGAUAAUAUUGUGAUCCCAGGUAUACAUGAUGUCCCAAUGCUGCAAAAUCUGUCAAGGGAGCAGACUUAUUCCACAAGGUCACGUGCAACUAUACGUAAACCGACCUUCAGAUCUAGCAAGAUCAAUGCAGGAGCAUGCAAACCCAUGCUGUAUCCUGACAGCUAUUUAGCCUUUAAAACAGAAUAAAAAGCACCCAUCGUGGCCCACCUGGGUCUGCCCCUUGCUGCCCCCUCUAAGACGCUCCUAGAAGAUCAGAAAUGAUACUAUGAUCAUAUUCUUUCCAUUUUAAUCGUGUAGUAAGCGUAGUAUUCCGAAAAGUUCAUACUUAUAGAAGAUACUUUAGAACAACCCGCACGCGGCGCAAGACGUAAGAAAUAGUCCUAGAUCGGCGCCACCAAUUCGAAUGCAUGUAGUCAGUUUAGGGCGUGAGGGAAAUCCUGCGCAACCUACAGGGUUGUAUCCAGGCGUUCUCCAGUCCGCAAAGUACUAAUAGUAGUGGUGUGUUGAAUGUUUUUUGCGUUUAAACGCUUAGGCGUUAGACCCUGGCUGCACAGGGUUCUACAUCGACCCAGGAAGCAAACGCUGAUGAUUGUUUGAGUCCAGGGCUCUCUCGAUGAGCAGGAAUCGAGGAAAUUAAUUAUUCGAAACAGAAAAAAAACAAGAGUCGAAGGAAAAGUGCAAGAAAGACGACGUGUAAUUAUAUGUGGUAGAUUAGAAAGCUCUUUCCCCUCUUCGUUUUCCUCUCUUUAUGUGCUAAUUGUAGUAAUCGAACAUCCCCCUCCAACUUUCCCCAAUAAAGGAGUAUCGAAAAAGUCUUACGCAUUUUAUGUAAAAUAUGACACUGAUUGUUUUAUUUAUCUUA